UCUUCCCUAUAUCUUUCUAAGCCGCACAUUCGUGGAUAAACUAUGACUAAUCCGAUUAACAAUAAUGAACAAAGGACAUACACCGAAGACGAAGUUAUCGAAUUACUUAGACGAGUCAAAACUGCCGAGCAAGCAGAGAUUCAAAAAGCCAGAGAAGAACGACAACUACCAGUGGGGAUCACUUCCUCUUUGGACAACCUUACGAAACAACAACACCAAGAUAAUUUCAAACGCUACAAACGAGAAAUUACUAAAUACCACCACGACGAGUGGACUGUGGCCGAAGAGAUCAACAAAUCCUUCAUACCAAAACUGAAACAAUACACUGUUGACACAACUCAAGUCGUUAACGCUCACUACAAAGGAGCGGAGAACAGCAGGUUACACGGAAGAGCAGCAACCGAAAUUUAUGAACAGCUCUCCAUCAUCCAAGCAGGAGAAAUCUCAGCAGAAGAAGCUCAUCAACUUUUGAACGAAGCCAUUGAAAGCGCCAAAAGACUUGCAGUUCACGCCUGGAUCCAAGGUGUACAGCAUGAUGAAGAUGCUAAAGACUACGCCAUUAGAGCACUUAAAUCACCCCCAAGUCUUAAACACUUGGAAACAAAAGAAUCAGGCAACAAACGAGAAGCAUUUAGUGAAGAUUUUAUCACCAUGUACUACGAAGCCAACUACCAGCAACGAGUACUUAGAGCAGCCACCACCAACAUGUCAAACGGAAGAGGUCGAGGAGGAUAUUCAACUUCCUCACAUUGGAACAACAAUAGGGGAGGACGUGGAUACUUUGGACGUGGUGGAGCAAAAAACUACUUUGGAAGGCGGGGACGUGGGAACCCAACCUUCCACCACAACAACAACUUUUCUAACAAUUCUCACAGUACAACAC